GUCGAAGAAACCUCAAACGGCAAACGAAACCAGUCCAUAUGCGUCGGAUGGUGAGUGCGCGCGUGUUUCUUGCUAGUGUGAUUUAUUUGUGCGAAUGUACUUAACAUAGUUGGACGUAGCAUGGCGGAGUAUGAGAAGAUCAAGGCCAUGUGUCUCCAGAAGCAGCAGCUAUGGGAAGACCCCGACUUCCCCGCUACACAGGCGUCGGUUUUCUACCAUCAAACUCCUCCAUUUGAAUUUGAAUGGAAACGACCUCAUGAGCUGUACGCAAAUCCAAAGUUCAUUAACGAAACAUAUGACGCUUUUGAUGUGGUGACCAGCAUACUUGGCGAUCAAUGGAUGCGGUCGUGUUUUGGACUACUUUACCUUUACAAGGGGCUGUUUUUUCGUGUUAUACCAGGAGAUCAACAAAUGGAUUCGGAUUAUGCAGGAAUAUUUAGAUUUCGUAUCUGGUGGUGUGGAAAAUGGAUGGAGGUUCUCGUAGAUGACCGGUUACCGACGGUGCAUGGUAGAUUGGCUUUUAUGCACUGCAGCGAAUCGGAACAACUUUGGCCUGCAUUGUUAGAAAAAGCUUACGCCAAAAUGCACGGAUCCUAUGAAGCUUUAAAAUAUGGCAACUUACAUGACGGACUUGUGGAUCUUACUGGCGGUAUAACUGAGACAAUAGCACUGUCUGAUAUGAAAGACCCAAUGGCAUUGUAUAACUUAUUACAAACUACAAGUUUAGUCACAGCAUAUCGUGUUGAUCACUCCAUUACGUUGAUCAAAUCUGAAAUUGGCUACAGGAUAUAUCAUUUGGAAAAGGUUGACACUGAUGGAGGCUACACACACGUGGUCCGGUUGGAAAGACCUUUAGCACCGGGGGAAGUACAUUUUAAUCACUUCGUCCUAGAUAAACAUACGUGGAGUUCAAUAAUACCAUCAGAACUUGCGCGGUUGACUUCAAUAAGCUCAGGGUUUUGGAUGUUAUAUAAAGACUUUCAAAAAAUAUUCUCACGCUUGGAAAUAGUUCAUGUGGACGGAGAGGCGAAACAAAUUGAAACCUCGUUAAGAGACAAACAAAAGUGGCAGAUUAAGUCUUAUCAAGGACGUUGGAUGAAGGGAGUUUCGGCAGGCGGUUGUAGAAAUCAUGCCGAUUUCUUUCAUAUGAACCCACAAAUACAAUUAGUCAUAAGCCAACAUGAUAAUGUGUAUAUUUCCCUAAGUCAACAUUGUAUUAUGGAGCCCAAAGUAAUAGGUUUUAGUAUUUAUAAACUAUCAAAAUCUCUGAGUGAAUCCGCAUCACCCGCAUUGUUUAAAAAAAUCAAGAGUUCUAUGAACUCUCAAUACACGAAUAGCCGGCAAGUAAGCGAAAGAUGCAGUUUGGAUGUUGGUACAUAUUUAAUUAUACCUACAACAUUUGAACCCAGACAAGAAGGGAGUUUUACCCUUAGAGUAUGUUCGAUAAACCCUAUAAAUAUGAAUGUACUAGAUAGUUUACCAAAAGCAAUAAAGCCUGCCAUAGUAAAAGCACCGACUGAAAUCAUCUCGUAUAGCAUGGAAUUAUACGAAUCUCAAUUUCUACAACUAUCAGAUGAGCACAAAACUAUAAAUGCAUUUGAGCUGCAAGAGUUGCUAGACAGAUGUUUGCCGAACGAUUAUAUAAAGAGUUGUGCAACGAUUGAGACAUGUCGACAGAUUGUACUGUCUAUGGAAAAUGAUCACUCUGGUCGUAUAACACUUGCAGAAUUUAAAGAUCUCAUUUAUAGUCUAAAGAAUUGGCAGGAUAUAUUUAAAAUGCACUCAACUGAGCAAAAGGGUGUUCUCCGUGUAGAAAGAUUUCGUGACGCACUUAGGGACGUGGGCUUUGUUGUCCCUGAAAGAGCCUUAGCUUUACUAGUACUGAAAUACAUGAGAAAAGAUGAAUUGCUUCGUUUCGGUGAUUUUGUAUCUGCAGUAUUACUUUUACACAGAGCUUUUCACAUGUUCUUCAAAAAUGGAUCAACAUACAAAAAUAAUUUUACUCUUCCAGAGUGGCUCAAGUUGACAUUGACAUUCUAAUUUAUGGAUAUAGCACUAAACAAAGUUAUAAGUACAUUGGACAGAGUGCUGUUUGAUGAUUAUUAAAAAUACUCAUAAUGUUUAUGAGUACUUUAAAACUACAAUUAUUUGGAAUCAAAAUAAAGUUGUACUACCACACAA